AUGCCCAGGAUUGUUGCUUGCACUAAACAUGCACUACUUCCAAAUGUCUCCAUCCCCAAAGGAACAGGACUGCCUGAUUCUGGCCCACAUACUUCUCCGCCACCCUACAACACCCCUCUGCAGCCUCCCCCCCCACCCCCACAAGAUGCCCCCAUUCCCGGAUACAGCGACCCCCCGCCCCGCCAUCACUCGGCCACCCUCCCCCGCCUCCCCCCUGAUCCCUACAUGCAGGAGACUCAGUUCAAUGGGGCACCCCAGGGCUACGUAGUGCAGACGCACCCCCCCGUCGGCACCCUGCCCAUUGGCGGCUACAUGCACCCAGGCUACCCGGUCCAGCUGCAGCCCUGCACGGCGUACGUGCCCGUCUACCCCGUCGGAGCGCCAUACCCUCAGGCCAACCCUCCUCCUCCACCAGCUCUGUCCCCAACACAGAUGACCCCUGGCAUUGCCAUUCUGGAACCGCGGCGCCCUCCACAUGAUUACCUCCCCAUUGCCGUCCUCACCACAAUCUGCUGCUUCUGGCCCACGGGCAUCAUUGCCAUCAUCAAGGCUGUGCAGGUGCGGACUGCCGUUGCCCGCGGUGACAUCGUCUCCGCGGAAAUCGCCUCGCGAGAGGCCCGCAACUUCUCCUUCAUCAGCCUGGCGGUGGGCAUUGCCGCCAUCGUCCUCUGCACCAUCCUCACUGUGGUCAUCAUCAUUGCUGCUCAGCACCACGACAAUGACUGGGACCCCUAG